AUGCAAAUUUCGGAAGUGGAAGAGGCCUCAGCCGAGGUGCUUCCGCCCGCCACGAAGUCGGAGGAGAAGUUCGAAGGCGUGAACCAAGCACCACCCAGUCCCUAUGAGCGGCGGAAACCGGUCUUGGAGCUGCUGGAGGACCCAGAGAUUCAGGCGAUUUGCAAGGAGAUGGGAAUUGACAUGGAGACGAUGAAGAAGAAGCCCGAGUUUGUCGAGGAUGAUUGGGCGUGGUGGGCCUGGAAGAACGAAGACUCCUCUGCCGGCAAGUUGCUCACGGUGUUUCCGGACGACGAAAUCAAGCAGGUCUUCUUCGAUGACAACGUACACCACAGUGAUCCAAGGAUCAUCGAUUGCAGAUAUCCUGACGGGAGUCAAGUGGCACCCAUCGAUUCGAUCGACAAGUUGUGCUGCAAGGUGAAUUCAGUGGAAGCCAUCAUAGAUGAUGAGUACUUUUUGAGGAAGUUGCAGAUUUGUCAUGGUGGAAAUCUGCUGAUCAAUUCUUCUCUGAUUGACUUCCAGCAUCAGAUCACCGAGGCGGAAGAGCAAAAGGCCGCCCUGCAGAAAGAUAUCAAGGCCUUACAGCUUCAACUGAAGAGUAUCACAGAGGAGAACCAUCGGAUGAAGAUUCUACACAGAGUUGAUGUGGAGAACGAGGUUCAGCUCAGGGACUUCCUGACGCAGCACAACUGCCCGUUGGACAGUUUUGGCAUUGAUGGCUUCAGGAAGGUCUCGGAUCUCUACGGUGAGUUGGAACAGGGCCGUUGUUGUUUAGAGCUGGACAUCGACAAAAAGCCGGUCCUGAUCCGCGAGAUGAUUUUCCUGAAAGUACUCUACAAGGUGUCCCGGGUCAUCGACACCUCAGUGGUUUCCGUGGGUGUCUUAGGACACAUCUCCAGGGAUCCCAAGCAAGUGGCCCGCUUGGCUGAACUGAUCUCCAAACACGACUUUCCACGACUUUUGCAAAGUCUUAGCAACAGAUCAUCAGCCCUGCCACCUGACUUUUUUCCAUCUUGGAUCCGACGUGCUGGUGGAUACUUUCCGAAAUUUGCGCAAGUGCUUUCCGUGCGGGCAGAUUUGAUUGAUGAUCCACAAGUGCUCGCAGGCUUUGCAAGAUGCUUAGAGGACAUGCCUAGCCGCAGCUGCCGCGACGUGCAGCAGCUGCUGCCCGAGGAGGUUCAGCAGGUGGCCAGGGGACUGGGAGAUGCUCUCAAUGCUGGCACCAUCGCGCAGGUCCACUCUCUGAACUUGCAGGGUCUUCCCUUAGUGCUCAAGGUCACCUUUCCGGACACUCGACAGCGUUUUGAAACGGAUUUCCGGUUGUUUGAGCACGCUCACACCAUCCUGAAAGCGUUGAAACUACAUGAUGAUGAGAAGGCGAAGAUUGUUGCCUCCAUGUUUGACGCCGUGGAUAAGAGUCGGAGGACUGUAUUGAAAGAAUUCGAUUUACGCGCUGAGGCUCAGGCCAUGCGUGUUGCUUCCGAUCUGCUGGUGGAAUGGGACGAACCCUAUCAUCGCUGGCAAGUUGCUAUGGUUCGUAUCGUUGAGCAACGUGGACAGCAGAUUCCCCAUGAAGCCCGCGCGUUGCUGCAGAUGGCUAUGGAACGCACAAGAACUUGGAAGGUUGCUAUUCCAGAAGCAGUUGAUGGCUAUGUCGAAGAACAUUUUUUGGUCAUGACGUGGGCUGGUGGAGACUCACUGCACCAGUUGACCUCAAGCCCCGAGCCCCAGGCGCCCCAGGAAGCCUGCAUGGUUUUCUUGUCUUUGGUGGUGCCUUUUUUGGGUUGGCUCUUGCUGUGUCGCAGUUCCAAUGGAUUGGCCCAUGUGGAUCCCCACCUGGGGAAUUUUCGCUGGGACAGCGACACUCUGUGGGUAUUGGAUUGGGGCAGCACUGUGCGUUUGGAGGAAGAGAAGCGACAAGCCCUGGCCUUGCUGGUGGGCUGCUUGGCGGCUGAUGCGGACGAUGAGACAGUGGCAGAUGUGGCGCGGCGCUUUGGUAUCGCUGGACAGGACCAUGACGUUGCGCGGGUGAUACGGGGAUUGUUCAACGCCAGCUGCCGGAGGGCGGCGGCGGAAGUUCUGGAAGAAGCGGUGGCGGACGACCUGUUGGCAAACAUGCAGGACGACAUCGUUCCAGUGGUUCGAUGUUUGGCCAUUCUAGGUGGGAUCCUGAAGAUGAUGCAACAACGGAUCCGGGAGGAACAUCAUGCAGAUAUUCCGUUAUCCCUGGCUUCCUUGGUUUUGCUUGAGCAAACUUUCUAUGGUUGCAACAGCGCACUGCCCCAUCGGCCCCAUCGGCCCCAUGCGCACAUCGUGGCACCAACGGUUGCGGCAGCGCUCGGGAUGGCUGCGCGCCAUGCGGGUCGGUGGCACUGCAGUGCAUGGUGUGUUCCCCGGAGUCGGGCGUCCCUGACGUCGCGCCGCACGCGGCACACACGCCCACGCUCAACGCAGCGUCGUGCGUGGUUCGGAAAGAGUAACCAGGAGAAGUUUGAGAGUUAUGUCGGUCAAUGCAGCAACUACACUGAGCGUCAGCUGGUGUGUCUUCCUCCCCGUUGGCGAACGCUGUUGAAGGGGAUCAAAGCUGGCUUGCAGAUUCCCUCCUUGGUCUCGGCGGUUCAGAUCCUCUAUGAUGACAUCAUGCCCUUGCGGAUGGGUUCAGAUUUACUUUCGCGACAGCUGGAUUCGAAGGUUCGUGAAGCGACAGCGAGGAUCAGCAGCGACAUUCCAGAUGGCGACCUCUUUGCGCACCGCGAGCUCUUCGACACCAUCGACGCGGACGGCUCGGGUGUCAUCAAGAAAUCGGAAUUAGAUGCCUUCAAUUCGGCAGUCCUGCUAGGUCCCAAUGGUCAGAAGGCACAUGAGUCUGUGAUGAACAGCCUACAAAAGAUCAUCACUGGAUUAUAUGAGGCAGACCAGCGGGUCAUUGAUUUUCCAGAGUUCUUGGAAGGCGCUGGCAGACUCAUUUGCGAGGAUUGCGGGGAGCCCCUGACGCAAGAGCAGACGCGGCGCAUCUUGGAGGAUUUGAUGCCUUCGGAAGGUCGCAGCGAGGCGCAGAGUGACUCCAAGCACGACCAGCGCUUCGAUGAAAUUGUGAAAUUCAUCCGAGAUUGGGAAGCUGAAGGAACACAUCUCACGGCCAAUGGUCGACUGGGCAAGGUCCUGGAAGGCAGUUUCGCAGCAGCACAGGAUGAAGAAGUGGUGGCUGCUCUACGCUUUGUGUACAACGAUAUCGCGCCCUUUCGAAUAGCGGGAGAACUGAUUUUCGGCAUCGUGAGCCGAAAUUUCUUGCCGGGUGUCGUGAAAGGGUUGAAAGAGUCCUCCUUCGAGGCGAUCGACAAGUUCUUCGAAGCUGGUUUAGAGGUGAACCUGUCCAAAUGCAUCACUGAAGAAGCUCCACCAGCUUUCAAUCCGGAGGCGCAAACUCAAAGAUCCCUGGCGACGGAGGCGUAUCCCAUCCCUUGCAAGGUGCAGCAAUUUGAAGCCACCUUCACCAUCACGGACCCCAAGAAUUUCCAAUCCAUAGAUCAGAAAGAGUUUCAGCAGCAAAAGGACAUCUUGGCCAAGAUCGGGCUGCCGACGGGCAAGAAUUUCACCACGGAGCGGAAGGAGAUGAGCGGUGGCAAGAUCACCCACUUCUGGCGCUGGGACAAACUCGCUGCCUGGGAGGCUACUGCCCUGAACCCAGCCUUGAAAAGUGACCAGACUGGCGUAAAUGUGGCAGAGGUGGUCGACAAAGUCUUCGGAAAUCAUCCCUACAGAGAGGUCUAUGAGAACCUUUUGCUGCAGAUGUUCGAAACCUUUGUGGCCAAGAAACUCUGUGGCGGCUUCAGCGGUUCCAUGGUGAUUCGCGUGCGAGUCCUAGAGAUCUGA